AUUAAUGAGCAUACUCUCCAAAUGAAGACAUCACAACCUCAUUCCUAACAUAGCAAGUUAUUUAUUCCAAAUACAGUUUCAGUAAGUAAAUAAGGAGGCUCAUUUUCUCAACAGAGGAUACAUCCAGGAGAACAGCCUGCCCGAGUGAAACACAGCUUCACCACCAGCUUACUUGAGUAAACUCUUUGGCAACAUCACAUUGCACCCAUCAACUUAACAGGCUAAAAAUGCCACUUUUUGGCUGGAUGAAGUGGUCAAAAAAUGAUUCCUAUAAACUCACACACUAUCCUGGAUCAGACAUAGUGACAAAGACUCUGCUUCGGGAAUUAAAAUGGCACCUCAAGGAACGAGAAAGAUUAAUACAAGAGAUCGAAAAUGAACAAAAAGUGAAAAAAACAGGUGUGGAUUACAACUGGCUCAGAAACUACCAGAAUCCCCACAUGACUAUCCCAGCGACUGAACAAAGACAACUUGAAGUUCUUUGCUCGCAAGUUCAACCUUGCCAAACCGGAACUAUUCUCAGCAGAUUUCGAGAAGUUUUGGCAGAAAAUGAUGUACUGCCAUGGGAAAUAGUCUACAUCUUCAAGCAAGUUCUGAAAGACUUCCUAAGCAGUACUGACAAAGGGAGUCAGCAAGAGGAUAUGGAGGAUCCAGGAAGCACAGACUGUCCUGUUUCUUUCGCAAUCCCAGGUGAAAGCCCCAAGAGGUCAGACAAAGAUGAAAUACCUACUAUUUCCAGUUACGUUGACAAAAACACAAAGAACAGGUUCCCAACAUUCUCACACAGGAUAUGGAAUCUACCAUAUUAUUAUCCAUCAAGUUAAGGUAUUUACAACCAGAGGAGUUUUUAAUAACCAUCUUAGAAUCAGAACUCUUAAUAUUAUGAGUAAGAAAAAGUGGUGUGAUUUCAAGUUUCUCUUUGUGACAAGGUCAGAAGUUAAAAUUCCUGUGGAUGUAUCCUGUUUUAAAUAGUGUUCUUUUUUUUACCACUCUAAACUUGUAAUGUUUUCAUUGAGCAGUAUACUUUUAACUAAAAUGUUUCUUAAAUAUUUCGAAAAAAUGUUUGAAGUAUUUUCUUAUGCCUCAAACACAUCUCACAGGAACUAAGGCAAUUUUAUUUAGUAUAAAGUUUGACAACUUCUGUAUGAAACUUAGACACUAACCUUGAUUUUUGUUUGAAAAUGAAGCUAUAUAUAGAAUAAACUAAAUGAUU